CAUCACACGCAUCAUGUGCAGAGCCCUCUUUAUCAUGAUAUCCAGCUGAGGUAUAUAUCAAAAGAACUCGACACAAAGUCUUUAUAUACAGUGCCAAUAAGCAGGUUCUCUGUCUCUAAACAAUGUCUAUCCCAAUCAUACCUUCUUCAAUGCCCUCGUUCGAGGAUUCUUUCGGCCCUGCACUUGUUGGUUCAUGGCUAGCAAUGGGUUUGUAUGGACUUACGACGACACAGGCAUACAUUUAUUGGAUUCACUAUCCAAAAGAUAGUGCGUGGACAAAAACAUUGGUUGUAUUUCUCUGGGUUCUGAGCACAGUGCAUUCUGUUUCAUUGUCCCACCAUACUUAUCUCCACAUGGUAAAAGUAGAGUCAGACAUUCUACUAGCUUUCAAUAACACAUGGUCAUUGAAGGCGACUGUUCUUUUAUAUGUAAGGGCAGCCAUGGUUUGUCGAGUCAAGCUAUGGCUAAUCAACUGAUUUUUUCCUUCUUUCGAGAUCAUAUCAUACAUCACCAUUACGGCUUACUACAUGAAGAUGAUUUUCCAAUUAAGCAGUGACUGGUUUCGCUGGUGGCUGAUUGGAAUACUUGCGCUCCCUUCUUUGUCUUUUUCCAAUCACCAACGCUCAUGAUCUUACCGGAAAUUGCU